AAAUUAUUGUUUUUUUUUCGUGCGGCAAUGAGCAUAAAAUCCCACAUGCAUUAAUUAUUUAAUGACAUGAGAAUUAGGUUUAGAAUGUGAAUAACAGCCUAUUAGGCCUAAUAACUAAAUCAAAGCACUGCAUGACCCUAAUGCAUUUUACCUAAAGUCAUAUCUUUUUUAUUUUUUUAUAUUAAUGAAAGCUGUGAUGGAAACAGGAAGUUUCGGGAGGCUUCAAUUUUAUAAACGCCAACAGAUAAUUUGUUCAUUGGACAUGGUGGGAUCUUUUUGUGUCGGUAAAAUUAAUUACGCGAGAAAUGGCGGUGGAAACGCCUUUAUGCGCAAAUAUUGAUUUGAUAUAAUAAUUAUCAUAUGAAAGUACAUUUUCAUGUGGCGCGCGCGCAGGGGGAAGGGGGUCCCGGGUGAAAAGGGUUGGCAUCCCCUGGUGUAGAUAAUCAUUGUAGGCAUACUAUCUAAACCGGGGGUGUCAAACUCAUUCCAUGGAGGGCAGAGUGUCUGCGGCUAUUUGUUAUUUCCUUUCAAUUAGACCUAGAGACAACCAGGUCAAGGGAGUUUCAUUCUAAUUACUAACCUUAAUUAGUUAAUCAAGUACAAGGGUGGAGCGAAAUGGGUGGAAUGAGUUUGACACGUGACCUAAACUGCUGUGAAAUAUAUAUUUUUCCAUAACCAAAAAUAUAGAAUUUUCAGCUGUUUGAAGCUGGAGUAGCCUACAAAACCGAAAGCAAAAGACGCAAAAACGAACCUUAAAACCGGGAGCCAUAGCCCACAUAAAACUGUUCUACCGCUUCUUAGUAGGAAAAAGACUGCAGUCCCCACAAGUCUUUGCGAAAUUACUAACAUGUAAAACAUCGUAGAUUUGCUUUCAAUGGGAAUGACAGUAACAAUUUACAUAUUGCAGCUUUAAGCGAAGAAGUACAUUUUGUGUGCACUACAUCCUCACGCAUGGACUUUUAUCCACAACAAGCCUGUUUGGUGGAAACACAACUGGUGGGAAAAUGUGCAUAUCUUUCUUUGUGUAUUUGAGAAUAUUCAUAUGGAAAUCUGUUGCCAAUUUGCUGGAAACCUAGCUAUCGACGUUCUUAACGAGGCUCGUCUCACAUUGGUGACCGCAGAUCAAAGCUGAGAAUGUACCAUUUGACUUUAUAAAAAAAAAAACAGUUUGCAUAUAUUUCUCAAAAAAGUAUGUAAACACUACGAGGCCACACCUAUCCUUUAUCAGUAUGCUAUAAUUUUGUUGCCAAUCUGCAGAGGUCAGAACACCAGCACCUGUGUGAAACUCGUUAGGCCAGAGCUGUAUGUGAGUAUCCCAGUCUUUAGCCAGGUGAAACAUUUUAUUUCAGUCUUGGUAUAGGAAAGCCAUCUAGAAAAGGUAGGCUAUAUAGGAAAUCAGGAGUAUGAUUUUUGGAUUUGCAUUAUAUUAUUCUAGGUUUUUUGGCAGGUUGUUGCAUGUUUUCCUCCUUUAACGUGACCAUGAGGACUGCUGAGAAUGCUCUGUUUUGCCACCUCUACAUGUUACUGCUUUUUGUAGGUUUUUGCCAAGGAAAGGACCUCUUCUUCAAUGACAAAGGACUCCUACUCCCAGAAUCCUACAAGAUUGGCUGGAUGGAGGCUAUUGAUGAUGACAAAUUAAUCUCUGACAUCACCAUACCUGGUACCCAUGACACCAUGGCUCUCUAUGGAGGCCCAGCGGCAGAGUGUCAGGCCUGGGAUUUGGGGGAUCAGCUGAGGGCCGGCAUACGCUAUCUGGACCUCAGGAUAUUCGCCUUUGAAAACAAACUCUAUGUCAUGCACUGGGUUGUCUACCAACACAAGUCGUUCUAUGAGGUCCUUGACACGAUCAGAGCAUUUUUGUCUGAAUUCAGAAGUGAGGCGGUUCUCGUUAGAGUAAAGCCUGAUUUGUUUGAUAAAGAGAAUGUUGAGGAGCUGGUUGGAAAAAUGAUUAUUGAUGAUACAGAUGUAUGGGUGAAGUCUGACAUGCCAACUAUGGCUGAGGCAAGAGGAAAGAUGAUAUUUGUACAGAAAUCCAGCUUUAAGCUGGGCAUUCCUCUCUUGGAAACAGACAGCAAAGGUGACUAUGAAGUUACUCAUAUUGCAGACAAGGAGAACAAAAUAGUGAAACACUUGACACAAGCUUCAGGUGAUUGUGGUGGGGAUUAUAUUGUUCUGAGCUACUCCAGUGGCACUGGCAUUGGCACAUUGUUGGGCAUGUUUCUAACUCCCAAGAAGGUGGCUGAAAAGAUUGACCCAUGGCUCGAUCAGUAUCUGAGACAGUUCUCCAGGGACCACAGCAGUGUAUGUUUCGGGGUGAUUGCCAUGGACUUUCCUGGUAUCGACCUCAUUCAAACAGUCAUUAAGAUCAAUGAUUGGUGAAGUGUUCACCCCUGGAAUGUUCACCCAUGGAAGUCAUGAUUAUAUUGCUUUCUGAAAUGUUAGUUGACGCAAUUAGAUUAAGUGCAGCAACAACACAUGACACAUACUAUACUUGAUUGUGCUCAUAUUGAAAAGGAGCGAGAUAGACUGACAAAGUAAAGAAUUUAGUGAUUGGAACGUAGUAUUGGCAUGCGCUCUUAAACAACAAUAAUGAAGACUUGGCACUACACGUCUUUGUACUUUGCCCCUGCUUGCUGUAUUAAAAACAAAGAAAAUCAUUAAAAUGGCAAAGAACAA